AGUGCAGGUCCCACCGGGACCCACCGACAGACGCCCUGGCGUUAGUGACGGCCGGCCCAGAGCAGCCUGCCGUGGUCUGGGUGAAAGCACCUCCCCGAACGAGGACCCAAACGCACUUGGGCACGCCGUUCAGUUCCUCCCACUGGGAAGUUGAAUGACACGGAGCGUGCUCCUGACUUGCAGGCGUUUGCCACCCAGUGUAGUGUGCGCCUUUCUAACUUCCAUUUCUCGGCCCAGAGCACCAUGGCAGCUACUGCUUCCCCGCUGAAGCACUUCGUGCUGGCCAAGAAGGCAAUCACGGCCAUCUUUGACCAGUUACUGGAGUUUGUUACCGAAGGAUCACAUUUUGUUGAAGCGACAUACAGGAAUCCAGAACUUGAUCGAAUAGCCACAGAAGAUGACCUGGUUGAAAUGCAGGGGUAUAAACACAAGCUUUCCAUCAUUGGGGAGGUGCUGUCUCGGAGACACAUGAAGGUGGCAUUUUUUGGCAGGACAAGCAGUGGAAAGAGCUCUGUCAUCAACGCCAUGCUAUGGGAUAAGGUUCUCCCUAGCGGGAUUGGCCACACAACCAAUUGCUUCCUGAGUGUUGAAGGGACGGAUGGAGACAAAGCCUAUCUUAUGACAGAAGGAUCAGAUGAAAAAAAGAGCGUAAAGACGGUUAAUCAGCUGGCUCACGCCCUUCACAUGGAUAAAGACCUGAAAGCUGGCUGUCUCGUGCAUGUGUUCUGGCCAAAGGCAAAGUGCGCCCUCUUGAGAGAUGACCUGGUCUUAGUAGACAGUCCAGGCACUGAUGUCACUACAGAGCUGGACAGCUGGAUUGACAAAUUUUGCUUAGACGCGGAUGUCUUUGUGUUGGUUGCAAACUCAGAGUCAACAUUGAUGAACACGGAAAAGCAUUUUUUUCACAAGGUGAAUGAGCGGCUUUCAAAGCCUAAUAUUUUUAUUCUGAAUAAUCGUUGGGAUGCCUCUGCGUCAGAGCCAGAAUAUAUGGAAGAUGUGCGGAGACAGCACAUGGAAAGGUGCCUCCAUUUCCUGGUGGAGGAGCUCAAAGUCGUGGGCCCCUCUGAAGCACGGAACCGUAUCUUCUUCGUUUCAGCCAAGGAAGUUCUUAGCGCCAGGAAGCACAGAGCGCAGGGCAUGCCAGAAGGCGGUGGGGCCCUUGCUGAAGGAUUUCAGGCGAGAUUACAGGAGUUUCAGAAUUUCGAACAAAUUUUUGAGGAGUGUAUCUCGCAGUCAGCAGUGAGAACAAAGUUUGAGCAGCACACUGUCAGAGCUAAACAGAUACUAGAUACUGUGAGGAGCAUAAUGGAUUCGGUAAACGUGGCUGCAGCGGAAAAAAGGGUUUAUUCACUAGAAGAGAGGGAAGACCAAGUUGAUAGACUAGACUUUAUCCGAAACCAGAUGAACCUUUUAACACUGGAUGUUAAGAAAAAAAUCAGGGAAGUUACUGAGGAGGUGGCAAACAAGGUUUCGUGUGCAAUGACAGAUGAAAUUUGCCGACUCUCUGUUUUGGUUGAUGAGUUUUGUUCUGAGUUUCAUCCUUCUCCAAGUGUGUUGAAAGUGUAUAAAAGUGAGCUGAAUAAGCACAUCGAAGACGGUAUGGGGAGGAACCUGGCUGACCGUUGCACCAGUGAGGUCAAUGCCUCGAUGCUUCAAUCCCAGCAGGAAAUUAUUGAAAAUUUGAAGCCAUUACUACCAGCUGGUGUACAGAAUAAACUAGACGCACUGAUUCCUUGCAAGAAAUUCGACCUCAGCUAUGACCUGAACUGCCACCAGCUGUGUUCGGAUUUUCAAGAGGACAUUGUGUUCCGUUUUUCCCUGGGCUGGUCUUCUCUCGUGCAUCGAUUCUUAGGCCCCACAAAUGCUCAAAGAAUGCUCCUAGGGUUAUCAGAGCCUAUCUUCCAGCUCCCUAGGUCUUUAGCUUCUACCCCCACGGCUCCCCCCCGUCCGGCAGCCCCUGACCGCGCGUCCCAGGAAGAGCUCAUGGUCACCGUAGUCACAGCACUGGCCUCUCUCACGUCGCGAACGUCCAUGGGUGUCAUCAUUGUUGGAGGAGUGAUUUGGAAAGCCGUCGGCUGGAAGCUCAUAUCUGCCUCGUUGAGUAUGUACGGAGCUUUGUACCUUUAUGAAAGGCUGACCUGGACCACCCGGGCCAAGGAGAGGGCCUUUAAGCAGCAGUUUGUGAACUAUGCGACCGAGAAGCUGCAGAUGAUCGUCAGCUUCACCAGUGCCAGCUGCAGCCACCAAGUGCAGCAAGAGAUGGCUACCACUUUUGCCCGCCUGUGCCAACAAGUUGAUGUUACUCAAAGACACCUAGAGGAGGACAUUGCUAGAUUGUCCAAGGAGAUAGAUCAGUUGGAGAAAAUACAAAACAGUUCAAAGCUCUUAAGAAAUAAAGCUGUUCACCUUGAAAAUGAGCUGGAGAGUUUCACUAAGCAGUUUCUACGCUCGAGUAAUGAAGACUCUUAAGAACUGGUUUGGCAGCCGUCAUAGGAGGCAAGGAGACUUGGAAGAUUGGGACAGUGGUUGUUCUCAUGGAAUGACUUUAAACGUGAAUUAUACUAGCUACCUAAAUGUUACGCAGACCCCUGCGCAGAUUCUGGUAGUGAUCUGUUUCAGGGUGUUCGCAUUUCUGAAGUGUUAUGUCCUUGGUUUUAGUUUUGGGUAAACUGGAGAAAAGGCUAUUUAAUGUGUUAAUUCGUUAAAAACCACAGAACCAACCGUGUGACCCCUGAGGGGUGGGGCCUCGUUUGUAAUGAGGGCUUUCUUUGUAUUUGAUUCAGAAAACUCUGCUUCCUGGUAUCCAGGAAUUAGAGGUUGAUCCUUUCAUCUUUCUCAGCUAAUUUUUGAUGCCUUCUUUCAUGGGAAGAGUCACUUUUCGUUUUUGUUUUAUAAACUGCAUUGCUCUGACCACCAGGGAGUGUGGGAUGUUCUUGAGUGUCAUUUAUGGAAGUUAUGGUCAUGCUUGCCAUCCUGCCAGGUAUGUAAACCACUAACAUUCUGGUUUUCCUCUUUUAUGUUCAUUAAAAUGGGUAUAAGACAAUAUGAAAGUUAGUUGUUAUAGUCACUUAUACAUGUAUUUGGGUCUAAAUUGUUUCCUGAUCUGUUCUUAAAGAAAUCUUCCCAGCUCUACUUGAGUCCUGGUUCCAGCAGGGAAGGCUUUCCCAUCUUGGCUGUAGGAGGGGAGUUUGAAGUGAUCAGAACAGCGGCAGCUGGGGUGCUCUGAACUUGGGGGACAGCGUGUUUGCAAACUGUCGGAAGGUGAUGCCCAGGGUUCCGCUGGCUUUUACACCUGUGUAACUUACGAAUUUGCUGGGGCUCUGUUAAAAAGCAUUACUGUAGAUUUUUAUUUAUGAGUUCAAGGAUUAUGUCUCCUUCUGUUUUAAAAACUCAUCAGAACUUACAUGGAUGGAAGCACACAGAAAGGACCCUUCUCAGGCCUCCCUAUGUGGAACGCAGGACCACCCGACCGCCUCGCUCACCCGCCGAUUGUGGUGCGCACGCCCGGGCGGGCCUCGGCCAGGGUGCUCCGUGCUUCCUCGGGGCGGUGACUGCAGGCUCUCUGCUCAGCACACACUAUUCCUUUUCUGUGCCUUUUAAGGUCCCUGGGUACCUUCCAGGCCUUUCAUAGCGGGUGCAGCUCUGUUUUUCCAGAUGAUUCAUGGAUAAAAAUAACACUAUUUAGGUGAUGGAAGCUUUUCAGAAAUAUAUUGUUACCAAAUUGGAUAUUAGGGUGCAGAAUUCAGGCGGCUUUUGAUGCCGUCUGUGGCCCUGACUGGGACAGUUGCCGGCCAGGAGUGUUAGGGCACAGCCAUGAUGUGUGGAACUGGUGCCUGCCAUGGGGCUGGCCUGCCACGGGGCUGGCGUUCCGGCUCCAGGCCGCAGCCUGUGCCGGCCGUGCGUGGGCUCCCACAGUCGUGCUGCUCUGGGGUCGGCAGUACAUCACCUCACACUUGUGGGGUGCGGAUUCUGGGCCCCAGCCACUCAUCGGGAUGGUGGGUUUGGGCAGCUGUCUCGUGCCCUGAGCCCUCCUGCUUGGUGCGUGAAGGUGUGGCAGACAGCAGAGAGGCACUGUCACCCCGUUCCAUCUCAGGUUUGGAUGUGGUUCUGCCCGAUCGAGUUUAACCUGUCCGGUUAUUGGGAACCGAACCCUAGCCCAGCUGUCAGAUCCGGGACGAGGGCACCUGUGACCGAGCUGUGGCCACGCAGGUGGGUCCGGACGCUGGACGCCGUUGGUUUGCUCGCGUACUUCACUGCUCUGUGCGUUUGCAGGGCCGUUCAUAAACUCUGUACCCUUGCACUUUUUACAGAACAUAAGUGUGCAAGCUUGCAAAAUAAAUAAAUCUGAUGGUUGAUAAAUGUA